UCAAAUUUACGUUUGGAGGUUAUGUAGUCGGGUCUCAGGCUCUUCAGGUUACUGUGGAAUUGCAAAUUAUUUCCUAAACAUUGUUCUAUAAAUCAAAUUAGGACAGAAAUCAUGUUAAAACGUGCUGUACGGUCCCUUUUAUCGCAUUCCUCCACACAUCGAGUGAAGUGUACGCCUAUGAGUGCUGUUGCCAGUGAACAAGUAAAGGAAAAAUGGGAUUUGUAUGCAGGCGUACUAGUUGAAAGGCUGCCGGUGAUAUCAAAAUCGCUCACUAAAAUAGAGCAAGAAUAUUCGGAGCACUUGAAGCAAAUUGAAUUCGAACGAAGUCACAAGUCCGAUUUUGAAAUGCGCGACGAAAAGGACAAAUUAAUAGCCCAACUAACACAAAAAGGUAAUAUAGACGACGUUGAUUCUGCUCUACAACAAACCGCUCAAGAUUUGAAAGAUGCCUGGCGUGAUGAACAGCAACAGUUUCAACUAAACUCGCGCACAACGGAUGCUGAUCGUAAAAAUGAUGUGAAAUCUGCCAACCGAAAGCUUGAGGAGACACUAAUUCUACUGGUCGAACAAAAGCUUGGCAAUGAAAAGCUUAUGCUACUUCCGCAAGGUAAACGCUUAGACGGUGAAACAAUGCGACAAACAGCUGAACGAGUGUUAAAGGAAAAUUGUGGCGACGAAAUCGAAGUUAGUUUCUACGGCAAUGCUCCUUGCGGUUUCUACAAAUGGAAAUAUCCAGAACAUCAGCGCGGAGAAUCAGUUGGUGCUAAGUUAUUCUUUUAUCGGUCAGCUUUCAAGAAAGGAAACGUUAACGGGAAACAGUCGAACUUUGAGUGGCUCAAUAAGGGUGAAUUCCAAGGAAAAUUGAAAACUCAAAAUCAGUACGCAAAGAGUGUAUCAGAGCUGUUGCUUUAAGAGAAUUUGAAUAGAUUUAGUCAUAGUUUCAUUGAGAACAAAAG